CUGUUUUCUCUGAUCCGGCUUCGUCCGAUCGGUCCACCACUGUUUCCUCCUCAUCACUAGACUCUUCUUUUCUCUGUCGAAAAACUCUCCUGGGCUUUUUUCUGAACAUUUUGAAGCCCUCACCUGUGCAUCUGAGUUUACGUGAACAGCGCCGCGGAGCAACCACUCGGUCACAGCAGGCGAGACACUCAAUUGCGGUCGUCAGCCAUAUUGGUGGUGUGACUGACUGACUCAACGAGCUGUCAGCAACAGGUCCUCCCGAGAAGGAGCAGCGAAGCUAGUAAAACAAAAUUGGCAACACUUCAGGCUCUCCCUCUCGCUUUUCGUCGGACACCCAAAAUCUUCAGCGAGGAAGUCUUCCAGUGGAGCAGGAUAUUAACUUAGAACGUCGCAAAACUCUGAAAUAGCUCUUUUUCCCUCCCCGUGUGAGAAAGACAGCCACUGAAGAUGGCUGCAAGUUGUAGCUGAGGACACUUUCUGGAGUUACACGCCGCCAGCAAAUAUGAAUGGUAGUGCAACUGUAUGGGCUGUCACUCCAGAAGAGAGGGUCAAGCAUGACCAGAAGUUUGACACCCUCGCCCCGUCAAUGGGUUAUGUUUCAGGUGAGCAGGCAAGGAAGUUUUUCCUUCAGUCAGGGCUGCCUUCUUCAGUUCUGGCUGAGAUAUGGGCUCUGGCUGACCUGAACAAAGAUGGGAAGAUGGACAGGUUGGAGUUUUCCAUUGCAAUGAAGCUCGUGAAGCUCAAACUCCAGGGAACGCCACUUCCAUCUGUACUGCCAGUCAUCAUGAAGCAGCCUCCUGUGCCCGUUCCCAAUCUUUCGUAUGGGAUGAUGCCGAACAUGUCCCUGAUGUCUGGGACCAACCUUUCGAUGUUCACCCCUAUAUCCAUGGCAACCCCAGGACACGCCUCUUUGUCGGCAAUGACAGGCCCCAACCUGGGACUUCUUCAGCCAAUGGCAGCUGGCACCUUGGGCGCCGGUCUUCCAGUAUCUACAUCAUCUUAUGGUUCUCCCCUUGCAUCCAGUGCCACUUUGCCACCCUCCUCAAUGACUUCCCAAAUGGCAGCAGGCCUUGCGGACUGGGCUGUGCCACAUGCCUCCAGACUCAAAUACAGGCAGCAGUUCAACAUUUUGGACAAGCAGAUGACUGGAUUUCUCACAGGUCAGCAGGUGAGAGGUGCCAUGGCCACCACGAUGCUCAGUCAGACUCAACUGGCCUCCAUCUGGAAUUUGGCUGAUGUCGACAAGGAUGGCAACCUCUCUGCUGAGGAGUUCAUCCUGGCCAUGCAUCUGGUGGAUAUGACCAAGAGUGGACUACCGCUGCCCCGAACCCUGCCAACUGACCUGGUGCCACCUACAAACAGGGGUGCUGUGAAUGGAUCCACUGCAUCUCACUACGCAGCUCUCAAUGAUAACUUUGUUGAACCCCCACAGAAAGGAAGAACCAACAUAUCAUUUGAAGACAAAUUCAAAGCCAACAUGGAGCGCGGUAAUGCAGAGCUUGAGAAGAGACGGCUGGCACUGUUAGAAGCGGAAAAGAAGGAGCAGGAGAGGCAAGCCCAAAAAGCACGAGAGGAGCAAGAGCGGAGGGAGAGGGAAGCUCGAGAAGCGGAGGAGAAGAGGCGGAAAGAGGAAGAGAGGCGGCUGGAGCGCCAAAGAGAGUUGGAGAGGCAACGAGAAGAAGAGCGCCAGAGAGAAAUUGAGAGAAAAGAGGCUGCACAACGUGAGCUUGAGAGACAAAGGAAGGAGGAAUGGGAAAGGAAGAAAAGAGGCGAACUCCAAAUAAAGAGGCAGCGGGAGCAGGAUGACAUCAUACAGCUCAAAGCUAAGAAGAGGAGUCUGGAGAUAGAGUUGGAGGCUGUGGGUAACAAACAGCGUCAAAUUUCUGACCGUUUGCGUGACAUUCAAAACAAGAAGAAGCUUCCCAAGACUGAGCUGGACCUGAUUAAUCAGAGGAAAGAUGCACGCCAGCAAGAUGUUAAAAAUCUUCAGAAACAGAUUGAGGAGUUCCAGAGGAAGUUGGCCCAAUUGACUCCCGAACAGAAAAGGCUGACGGAGACUCUCCAAAGCAUGGCUGUGAAUAACCUUUCUGUGUCAACCGUCUCCAACCUGAAGCUCAGUGUUACACAGAAGCGGGGUACAUGUACUCAACUCAAAGAUCAGCUGGAGGCCCUUGAGAAAGAGACUGCUGCCAAACUGGAAGAGCUGGACCGGUAUAACAAAAGCAUGCAGGAAAUGAGGGAAAGCCAGCAAAAACAAGAGGCAGCACUUGAGAACCUGCGAAGCAUCAAAGAGGACAAAAGGCAAGAGCUGAUUCGGAGGAAGCAGGAGCAUGAGGAGAUGAGGAAACGUGAAGAAGAGAGGAGGCGGCAGGAGGAGGAAGCGCAAAGGCUUAUCAAGCUAGAAAAGGAACGUCAGUGGAAGGAGAAAUUAAGGAGGGAUGAGGAGGAGCGCCAGAGGAGGCUUCAGGAGGAACGAGAGGCCAAACAAAGGGAGGAGGAGGAGAAAGAAAGGCAGGCUCUUAUCCAGGCAGCAAAGUUGGAGGCUGAACGAGAGCUCAGGGCAAAGGAAGAGGCUGAAAGGAAGCGCAGAGAGGAAGAGGAGCGGAGAAGAAGGGAGGAGGAAGAACGCCAGAGGCAAGCAGAAAGAAGGAAACUGGAGGAGGAGAGGAGACAGUUGGAGGCUGAGAGAAGGAAGCUAGAGGAGGAUAAAAGAAUGGAGGAAAGGAGAAGGAAAGAUGAGGAGGAGCGACUAAAGCGGGAGGAAGAGAGGAGGAGGCUGGAGGAAGAGCGUCAGAGGAAGCGGGAGCAGGAGGCAGAGGAGAGGAGGCGACUCGAAGAAGAGCGCAGAAAGGAGAUGGAACGGGUGGAAGAGGAGCGGCGGAGACAGAGGGCAGCCCAGGCAGCCCUCCGAGAUUCUGAGGACAGGAGGAGGCUGGAGGAGGAGGAGAGAAGGAGGAAAGAGAAGCAGGAAGAGGAGAGGAGAAAGCGGGAGGAAGAGAGGCUGAAGCUUCAGCAGCAAGAGGAGCAGGACAGGUGGAGACAUGAGGAGGAAAGAAAAAGAGCAGAGCAGGACAGAAAGAAAAAGGUGGAAGAAGAACAGAAGAGAAAGGAGCGUCAGGCAAGUGGAGGAGGCAAGAUUGACAUUCAAGAGAAGCUGAACUCUCUACUUAGAGGACUGGAGGAAAGGAAAGGCCGGCAACCGAGGGCUACCCAACCCAGCAAGUCGGUAUCUCUCACGCCCUUCAGGGCACUUUAUCCGUUCACUGCACGCAACCACGAAGAGCUCACCUUCAACGCAGAGGAACUCAUUGAGGUGGAUUUGACAGUGGAGCCAGAGGAGGGUUGGUUGUAUGGGAGCAGGCAGGGUAAAAUGGGUUGGUUCCCGGAGAGUUAUGUGGAGAGAGUGACUCCGUCGGAUUCAAUGGCCCCUGCACCUCCUCCAAAAUUGCCCAUCCAGUCGCAACUCUCCAAUGCCCUUGAAGCGGCAAAGGUGGCAGGGACUAAAUCGGCCUUCACCCCAACACACUCUCCACAUCCCGCCCACUCCGACACACCAGGCCAGCAGGUGGUAGGGAACAUGCUUGCCCAGGCCCUGUGCUCCUGGACUGCAAAAACAGACAACCAUCUGAACUUCAAUAAGGACGAUGUAAUCCAGGUGCUGGAACAGCAGGAGAACUGGUGGUUGGGAAACCUGAAUGGAGAACAAGGCUGGUUCCCCAAAUCCUAUGUCACACUCGUCGGUGAAGAGGACAGUUCAGACAUGAAGAGCUCUACAUCCAAUACUGUAGAGACAAGUGACAACCAGCAAUUUGAAGAGUAUACGGCAUUAUACACCUAUGAGUCAUCGGAGCCUUCAGAUCUGACUUUCAAAGAGGGGGAUGUUAUCUUGGUGACCAAGAAAGAAAGAGAGUGGUGGAAUGGCGCCAUUGGUGACCGCUCAGGUGCCUUUCCCGGAACCUAUGUCAAACCUAAGGAGACAGAUACGGGCACAUCUGCGAAGAAGCCAGAGAUUGGCAAGGUGACCAGAGCCCAUUUCUCCUCUGUACCCGGUCAGCUGAACUUGGAGAAUGGACAACUCGUUGUCAUCCUUUGCAAAAAUGUCUCGGGAUGGUGGCUUGGUGAGCUGCAGGCCCGUGGUAAAAAGCGUCAGAAGGGCUGGUUUCCAUCCUCAUAUGUCCAGAUAUUGGGGUCAAAUAGUGGCAAAUCCACACCAACAGUCCAGUCAGGAGUCUGCCAGGUGAUCGCUCUAUACGACUACACAGCUGCUAACAAGGAUGAGCUGAGCUUUUCAGCAAACCAGCUAAUCAACGUCCUCGAUAAGAAUGACCCCGACUGGUGGAAGGGUGAGGUCAAUGGAGCCACUGGCUUGUUCCCCACCAAUUACGUUAAGAUGACCACAGGAGACUGUGACCCCAGUCACCAGUGGUGCGCAGAUCUGACCAGCUUGGACUCGCUGAGCCCACUAGAGAAGAAGAGGCAAGGCUACAUUCAUGAACUGCUCCAGACUGAGGAGAAAUACUUGGAAGACCUGCAAACAGUGCUCGAGGUUUUCCAUAAGCCCAUGUCGGAAUCUGGACGACUAAAUGAUGCAGAGAUGAACAUGAUCUUUGCCAACUGGAGAGAACUGAUUGACUGCACUGCUAAACUUUUCAGGGCGUUGUCAACUCGAAAGAAGAGUGGUGGGGAGAACAUGCCGGUGCAGAUGGUGGGAGACAUUCUGGCCGCCGAGCUGUCCCACAUGCAGCCGUACAUCCACUUCUGCUCAAAUCAGAUUAAGGGAGCCGCGCUGCUGCAGACUCGCACCGACAACGAGCCAGAUUUCAAGCUGUUCCUCAAGAAAAUCGGCACAGACUACAGAUGUAAAGGGAUGCCGCUGUCAAGCUUCCUGCUCAAACCCAUGCAGAGGAUAACGCGCUACCCACUACACAUCAAAAGUAUUCUGGAAUGCACUGCAGAGGGCCACGGUGACAGAGGUCCUCUGAAAGAAGCUCUCGAGAGAGCGGAGGAGCUCUGUCAACAGGUCAAUGAAGGAGUGAGAGAUAAGGAGAACACAGACAGGCUGGAGUGGUUACAGAAUCAUGUCCAGUGUGAAGGGGCAGCUGAGAAUAUAGUUUUUGAUUCUAUUACUAACUGUUUGGGCCCAAGAAAAUUACUACACUGUGGCAAGAUUUAUAAAGCAAAGAGCAACAAGGAUCUUUGGGCCUUCCUCUUCAACGACUUCCUGCUCUUGACUCACUCUGGGAAGCAGUUCACCUCAUCCGGCAUUGAUAAACUGUUCACCACCAAGAACAGUGCGCAGCUAAAAAUGUAUAAGGCGCCUGUCCUGCUCAAUGAAGUUCUGGUGAAGCUACCGGAUCCUUCGAGUGACGACCCAGUCUUCCACAUCUCACACAUUGACACAGUUUACACACUGAGGACAGAAAACAUCAAAGAACGGACAGCCUGGGUUCAGAAGAUCAAGGCCGCGUCGGAAGAAUACAUCGAGACGGAAAAGAAAAAGCGGGACAAGGCCUACCACUCUCGAUCCGUCAAGGGAACCGGAAUCGGCCGACUCCUCGUCACGAUCUUGGAGGCCACAGAGCUGAAGGCAGUCAGAUCCAACGGUAAAAUGAAUCCAUACUGCGAGGUGACCAUGGGAUCUCAGGUCUUCACGUCCCGAACCCUCAAUGACACGGUCUACCCCAAGUGGAACUUUAACUGUCAGUUCCAAAUCAAGGAUGUGUACCAAGAUGUCCUCAGCAUCACCAUCUUUGAAAGGGACCUGUUCGCUCCCGAUGAGUUCCUGGGACGGACGGAGGUUCCCGUGGCGACCAUAAAAAAAGAGUUGGAGAGCAAGGGUGCCGUAACGCGACGUCUUCUGCUGCACGAGGUCCCCACUGGGGAAGUGUGGGUCCGCCUCGACUUGCAGCUCUUUAACAGCAAAUAGCUCAACUAAGGGCUUGGCUAUAUUUGCCAAACGAUAACUCCUCUCACUCAAUGUGCCUUAAUAUUGUGAUCAGAGAAUGCCGAAAGCUUUGUCUGACAUCACCUCAAUCUUCUAGAAGGGCUUCGAGUAGUUUCCUUGGAUGGAAAAGGGAAUUUUAAUGCAUCUUCUCUGAAUUAAAAAGAUGGAGUUAUCGGUGAAAGUAGAUGUCACCGCACUACAACUAUAAUGUGGUUAUUCAGGGCAAAGUUCCACUAAAGUUGUCGUAGACUGGAGGUCCUUUCGUGCGUCUACACAAUCCAGUCUGACUGAUGACUUUGCUGACUUGCUGUGUCUUCAGCAUUUUGACAUGAAAACAUUGUCACCGUGGCACUGGCCUGAACGCGGUUUACUGCUGCGGAGGAAAGGUCUGAGGAUAUGUCGUUGCGGUUCAAAUCACUGUAAUGACAUGAGGCGCUGUCUGCUCAUGUCUUCAUAUCUUGGGUGGCGUAAUCCUCCCACCUUGUGGUUGUGCGGACACAUCAGAAAAAGCCAUCAGACGUUGUGAUGUACGUGUGCAACCUUAUUAACAAGCGGUUUGUUUGUAUGGAACAAAAAAAUGUCUUGCUGAUAACACAACAAGGUGGAGACUGCUCAUAACUAUGUAAUAACCAUUUUCAUGUGGUUCAUGAGUAGUAAAAGCGCAGCUUUUCUUGGGGGGUUUCUUCUAAUUAGGGUACGAUCAAUUAAACACAUCCUACAGACAGCCCAGGGAAACUGUGCAAUUGUUGUGCCCGUGUACGUAAGCCUUGGAAAAUCUUUAAUUUCGUUGGGAUACUUGGAACGCAAGUAGGUUUGUUUGGUUGGUCCUCUUUUAAUUUUAUUUUUAAUUUUGACAGUGUUUCUGGCAAUAACAGCCUCUCACAAAUUCCCUUGCAAACAAUUUUAGAUUAAGCUGAAAUUAAUGCAGCUGUGCAAUAAUAUAAUAAUUCUUUAAUUUUCUGUUAGUAUUGAAUUCUGUUUUGUUUUUUAACAGCUUGUGUUAUGCUCAUUGCAUCACUUUUAUCAGACAAAUGCGUCGUGACUUUCCGUUUAAAUGUCUCAGCGAUGUUUAAUGCUCUAAAACCGAGCACCCGCCGGUGUUGUGCAUGUUAUAUCCAACCGGUAUUUAUGUCUUAAUUUAUGUGAGACUAUCCAAAGUUGUGAUGCAGCCCUUGUCUUGUGUCAUGUCGCAUAAAUUUCUGUUCACACUGGGAUUGUUUUUAGGGUGGGUGAAACAUGUUCCUGCAUUUUUCUGUAACCGUUGCGAGUGGCUGUUGCUCCACUCUUAGGUCAACUGGGUUGUUUUUAUUUCUUUUAUUCAGUGAUGUGCUGUUUUUAUUUUUUUUUGCGCAGAGACUGGACUGCCUAGCUGCUCUGAAUAGAUUUUUGAAUUACUUUUUUGGUUGUAUUAACGUUUUGCAACGUCAUCUGCCGUGCCCGCCGAGUCCGUCUGUUUACCUGCUGCUUGUACUCACCUGGGCCGGAUUGAGGCUCUCAAGCAGGGGUUCUCGAGUCAAAUAAAAGACAAAUGUGGCACGACUGACUACAUUAUUUGAAAAGCUCACAAUGUUUGAUGCCGCAGUACGGGUACAGGAAGGAAUGCCAAGUUUGAGACGUACUGGUGGAUCGACAUGUUUAUUACAGGAAUCUUGUAUAUUUAGCCUUUUUUAUUUAUGUAUUUAGGAUUCCAGGGAGCGGGAGCCUAUCCCAGCCAACUUUUGUCUGGUUGCUAGUCAACUGAAGUCAGGUGAGGGAACCACUACACAGUUUUUUUUAGAAUUAUGAGGACUAACUAGGGUGGCACGGUGGCUCGGCUGGAAAACUUUGGCCUCAUAGUUCUGAGGUCCCGGGUUCGAUCGCGGACCCGCCCGUGUUGAGUUUGCAUGUUCUCCCCGUGCCUGCGUGGGUUUUCUCCGGGCACUCUGGUUUCCUCCCACAUCCCAAAAACAUGCAACAUUAAUUGGACACUCUAAAUUGGCCGUAAGUGUGAUUGUGAGUGCGGCUGUUUGUCUCAAUGUGCCCUGGGAUUGGCUGGCAACCAGUACAGGGUGUACCGCGCCUCCUACUCGUUGACAGCUGGGAUAGGCUCCAGCACUCCCCGCAUCCCUUGUGAGGAUAAGCGGCUUAGGAAAGGGUUAAUUACUGUGCACGCUACAAUCUUGCACAGCGACUACAACAUGUCAAAAUGAAUAAUUUUGAAGUUGUUGGCUAUAUAUGAAUAGCAUACUUUUUAAAAGUAAAAUUUUGUUCAUGUUUUAUUUACUCGUAAUCCAUUUUGUGCAGAAUAGACAUGCAGCGUGUAUGAAAUAGAGUGCACAAAAAGACCUCAUUAAGUCCUUCUUCACCCUCCACUUGUUCCGGGCGGACUGGAGAAACAACGAUUGCAUAACUACACACAAGCACACGUAUCUGUACGUCACACAACAUCAGCUGUAGUCAAGCUUCUGUGUCCCCCAUUGGGGGUAACGUUGCCGUUUGGGACCCAAGCAGAAUGAUACACAAUGAAGUAUUGUCUACAGUGAAAAAACUUAUUUUAUAAUUUUUCAGUAGUUUGGCAUUUUUAAUGGUCAAACCUGUAUAAAAACAACCUUUCUACAGUGAAACUAAAAGUCAAAUUACCGUUUGACGACAGACCUUUAAUAAAUAUUGUACUGUGCUUGGUAAAUGUUGAUGGAAUAAGUGUCAAGUUUUGCGUUGAGUUGCAGGUUUAAUUUGUUCCGUGGCCAUGCUCAUAACUGAAAAUACUCCUCUCACUUCAUCUUUCCCUACUGAAAUGAAUGUAAAUGCCAUUAAUCUGUUCAAGCUUGCCUGGGGAAAAAAAGUAUUUGUAAUCUCUAUAUAUUUAUGUUAAAAAGAUAUCUAUUGUUAAAAAGAUCUAUAUAUUUUUGUACUUUAUAAAAUUGUACGAUAAUGUUACAAAUUUUACUUUUUUUUUUUGCAUUAGUUCAAUGGAUAUUGUGCUUCCUGGCCAAGUGGGACAGGUAUAAUACAGCUGGAUUUGUUUGGGGUGUACCCCAUCUCUUGCCUGAAGAUAGCAGGGAUAGGCUCCAGCAUAGCUGCAACCCUCGUGAGGAUAAGGGCUAUCCAAAAUGGAUCAAUCAAUACACGUGGUGCUAUCCACUCCUCAGUAAGGUUCACGAAUAUUAGUCGUUCUUCUCAGAGGAUUAAGAAAGUAUGCCUUUCAAGAUUAUCUGUAUUUGAUUAUGUUCAAAUAUCCAUUGCAUCAAAGGUUAUAAAAUUGCAAUGACAUUUCUAUCUGUUUGCAUGUCUAUGACAUUUUGGGUUGUUUGUUGGUAUUAACUAAACUGACUAUUCAGGCAAAUCGAUGUGGUUUGGUCAAAUACUACAGUGUCAUUCUCUUUGUUUUGUGUUUUAUUUGAUAGGUAACCUCAACACAGAAUGG